GCGCGCACUCGCUUCAUACUGCGAGCAGAGGCUGCUGCGCGUGAGCAAGCGGCGGCACAGUCGACUUACAGCGGGCUGUGAGGAGAACUGGCGCGACCCUUCUGUCCCAAAUUCGACCGUUUUUAAGCGCUAAAACGCCUUUUUAACUUCACUCGACACCUUUCGAGAGUCCUGCUAAAAGUCUUCGACCCUCGACGGGUUCGUAUUUUUACUUUUCUCCCCUUCCGAACCGAACCGUGAGAGAAGUUUGAAGUUAAAGGCUGGGCCUGAGGAUCGAGGAGAACGACUUUGGCUGAAAAACAAAAAUAUCACUCUUCAGUGCUUCUGUCGAGAGCGAAAAAGCUGGUCUUUUUGCUGUGAUAAAUGCUUCUUACGAAGAUGGACCUGUUGAACUACCAGUACUUGGACAAAAUGAACAACAACAUUGGCAUUUUGUGCUACGACGGCGAGGCUGCGCUGAGAGGUGAACCCAGAAUGCAGCCCAUGUCCCUGCCGUCUGCAGUCAGCAACCACAGGACGGGGCCUCCUCCCAUCAGCCCCAGCAAGAGGAAACACAGCGGGGACCAAGCCGACGACGACCUCGACUGUAGUAACGAGCAUGUGGCCAAGAUGAGCCGGCUGUUUGCUGCACAGUUAGGCAAGCCUGCCAACGGGGACUACCGCAAGGACCCUCGGGAUCGCAGCCGCAGCCCCAUCGAGCGCGCUGUCGCCCCCACCAUGAGCCUCCACGGCGGCCACCUCUACGCCCACAUGCCCAGCCUGGCUAUGGACCAGCCCCUCGCACUGACCAAAAACAGCAUGGACGCUGCCCGCACUGUCACCAUCUCACCUACUGUCAGUCCCGUCGAGCGUCAGCAGAAUCGGCCUUCUGUGAUCACCUGUGCCCCGGCCAACAACCGCAACUGUAACCUCUCGCACUGCACUGUGUCUCACAACGGCUGCUCGCCCAACUUGCCUUCGAACUACAGGAGACCCUCCAACACUAACACAGCCUGCGACCCUGUGAUCGAGGAGCACUUCCGCCGCAGCUUGGGGAAGAACUACAAGGAGCCAGAGCCGGUUACAAACUCCGUGUCCAUCACAGGCUCGGUGGACGACCACUUCGCCAAGGCACUAGGAGAGACCUGGCUGCAGAUCAAGGCCAAGGGCAGCUCCUCUGGAAGCCCCGACUCGUCCCCCAACAGCCACAUGGUCAACCACAAUCACUCCCCCUCCCUCGUUUCUUGAAACUAAAAAAAGGACCAGCUUUCUUCUCCCCUCCUUCCAAAAACCCCUUUCACUCUCAGAACAACCAUGCAUGUUUAAGCUCGGCUUCUAGUGUAUAGCCAUGUACAUAAGACGGAGACGAGGAAGGUUUUUGUUUUUCUUUUGUUUGUGUACUUUUAGCUUGGCAUUUGACUUGGAUGCCCACAGGAAGAAAAAAA